ACAAAUUCCUCAAAGCCUGCACACAUCAAACAAGCGCUUGUUUAUGUACCUGAACUAUGACCCAUAGCUAGAGUCAAGGGUCACAGUGAACAAAAUCUACGACGAAGAAACGAAGCAUGGGUGAUGAGGUUGAAACGCAAGUUCCUACAAACGCUGUCGAAGAACCAUUGGAUUUGGUCCGGCUCAGUCUGGAUGAAAGGAUCUAUGUAAAGAUGAGGAAUGAUCGUGAACUCAGAGGGCGAUUACACGCCUACGAUCAGCAUCUGAAUAUGAUACUUGGUGAUGCUGAAGAGACAGUCACAACUGUAGAAAUUGAUGAAGAGACAUAUGAAGAAAUAUACAAGUCAACCAAGCGGAACAUUUCCAUGUUAUUUGUCCGAGGAGAUGGAGUGAUUCUGGUAUCACCGCCAUUGAGGGCUGGUGCCAUAUGAAGCAACAGUACUUUAAAAACUUAUGAAUAAAAUAAAUAAAUAAAUAAAUUUGAUUUCUUACCAUUCCUUUUUAUACCUGCUGUUGCACUCACUUCUAAUUUUAAUGCCCAGAAAAGUGAAAGGAGUUAAGGAGUAGGUUCUAGCUCCUCUUGUAAGAUAAAAAGAAGUUUUUUUUUCAUAGGCAUAGGCCUACUCCAAGUGUGCAUGGAUCAUCACCCACACAUGUGAGGCUUGUAAAGUGGUAUCCAUUGGGUUCAAAUCCAUGGUUAUGGCACCAAUUUAGGAGUUAAAAAGUGCCCUUUACAAACUCUAUACAUUUGUCUUGGGCCCCUAAUUGGGAAAAAUACUGGCCUAAGAUUGUGGGUUGGUUGGGCAACACAAGCUCUAUUUUUAGGCCUAAACAUGUAUACUAUAUUUCUCAGAAUUAUUGAGAUUCAUAAGCAUUAUAUAUUCCACAGUAUGAUGCCAAUAGAUUCUUGUGCACAUUUUGGUUAUGAGCCAAAUAGUGCCAUCUGUUGACAAUUAUUAUUUCUCGGCUUUUUUAUGUAAUUAAGCUUUUUUCUUGGUACAUUUAAAAUAGAAUAGUUUUAGAGAACAACAAAACACAGAGAACUAUUUGUAUUCUUUGUUUUUUAUUAGAAAAGUCGGCAUAUGAAAAUAUUCAUCUAUUGUAAUAAAGUCUCUGCUGAUUGUACAGUG